AAUAAUUUGUAGUUAAUAAUAGCUAUGUUUGGGAGCGUUGAUGAAGUGUUUUAAUCCAAAAGGCGAUUUAGAAGAAAAUGGAGAAAUUGUUACAGUAAGGCAUGAAGAGAAUUGGCAUUUGGUGUAGAGGUAGAGGGUGUCAAAUUGGGGAGGUGUUGUGUUUGUGUUAUGUGGUGGCGUAGUGUAGCGGGGCCAUGUGUAUAGAUAGAAUACAAGGAGAGAAGAGCAGAGGAAGAGGUGUAAAUGCAAAAUUGCGAAUGCAUGCCUCAAUGUUGGAUGCUGUUGAGUUCAAUAUUUUCUCCUCCAAUUCCAAAUUCCAAUUCCAAUUCCAAUCUCAAUUUCAAUUUCUUCUUAUGCAGUGUAAGCAAAUCUAAUCUAUUUUAGUCCUCUUCCUGAGCGAAAAAACCCUAGAUAGAAAGUAAAACACGGACAAUGAUGAAGAAGAAGAAACAGGUACCGGAGUGGAUGAACAGUUCUCUGUGGUCCUCCCCCUCUGACCACCACCGCUUUAGUCCGCCCUCUCCUCCUCCUCCGCCUCCCCCCGUCUCUGUCAGAGAAGAUCCUCCAACUAAUCACAAUGCCUCUCCUUCUUCUUCGUCCGUCGACUCUUCCGCUUCUGCAUCCUCUGCCGCCGAUGACAUCUCCUCUCAGACUCAGCUGUUGACCGAGUUAUCUAGGAAGAUGAUAGACAUGCGCGAGUUGAGGAGAGUCGCUUCUCAAGGUAUUCCUCGUGCUGCCGCCCCUGCUUUACGCCCUACGCUCUGGAAGCUUUUGCUUGGAUAUCUUCCGUCCGAUCGUGCCCUUUGGUCCUCUGAAUUAACCAAGAAGAGGUCCCAGUACAGACAUUUCAAAGACGACCUCCUCAUGAAUCCUUCAGAAAUCACGAGGAGGAUCUACAACUCUGCUGCUCAUGACAUCGAUGAUGCAAAAUCUGAGACUCGUAUCUUGCUUUCUAGAUCACAAAUCACUCAUGAGGAUCACCCUUUGAGUCUAGGCAAGACCAGCAUAUGGAAUCAAUUCUUCCAGGACACAGAGCUCAUAGAGCAGAUUGAUCGUGAUGUAAAACGUACUCAUCCGGAUAUACACUUCUUCUCCGGUGAUUCUCAAUUGGCAAAAUCUAAUCAGGAUGCUUUAAAGAGCAUAUUAAUUAUUUUUGCAAAGUUGAACCCAGGUAUAAGAUAUGUUCAAGGGAUGAAUGAAGUAUUGGCCCCUCUCUUCUAUGUGUUCAAAAAUGACCCCGAUGAGGAAAAUGCUGCCUUUGCUGAAGCAGACACAUUCUUUUGUUUUGUUGAGCUAUUGAGUGGGUUCCAAGAUAAUUUUUGUCAACAACUUGAUAAUAGUAUUGUUGGAAUCCGUUCCACUAUUACAAGAUUGUCCCAGCUUUUAAAAGAACACGAUGAAGAACUGUGGCGUCAUCUUGAGGUCACUACUGAGGUCAAUCCCCAAUUCUAUGCAUUUAGGUGGAUUACUCUCCUCUUGACUCAGGAAUUUAAUUUUUCUGACAUCCUCCAUAUUUGGGACGUCAUUUUAAGUGAUCCAGAGGGUCCACAGUUUAUAGGAUCUUUUCUUAAAGGAAAGAUGAUUAGAACAAGGUCGAAGCUACUUCGUUGUGUUUCGCUUGAGAGAACUAGGGUAUGCUACAGCUUACAGGAAACACUUCUUAGAAUAUGCUGCGCAAUGCUAAUUCUCGUCCGUAGGCGCCUCCUAGCGGGUGAUUUCACUUCUAACCUCAAGUUGCUGCAAAGUUAUCCCUCUACAAACAUUAGUCAUUUGCUCCAUGUGGCAAACAAGUUACGUGUACAGUCAGGCUAAUGAAAGUCACCGUGAUUAUUUUGCUUUGUUUUUUUUCUCUAACAUAGAGUUUUCGAUUUUAUAAUUGUACACUACACUGUAAUUAUAAAUGUUGGUUCGGAGCAGCAACGGGUAUUUUUUCGUACUCUGGUUUUGUUAUUUUAUUUUUAGUUGUAAGUCGAGUUACUAUGAUCUUGGUGAAAUUGGUCUCUAUUUUCAGUUAUUCACCUCCCGUGCACCCUCAAAAGAAUAAUAAAUUGUUGAAGCUUUAAAACGGGUGAUUAGCCCUUGUGGCUUUUAAUGGUUAUGGUUGUAUCCCCACUCACUCGGUUGUUUACUCUCUUCUCGCAAAAAAGUUUACGAUGGGUGUUAGCAGAGUCGAUGAAUGGAGUAGGGAAUGUGAGAAUUAGAGAAAACGUUUGGUUUUCAUGAGCAAGUAAAGUUGGGGAUUACAGAAAUAUAGAAGUUCUAUGUAUUGACUUGUAAUACGUAUUUUAAAAGGGAAAGAAAAAUAAUUUAUGA